CCAUAAUUCAAAAUCCCCAGUUCCCAUCUAGCCCCCAAUUUGAAUCCAAACCAAAAUUACAAAAUUUGUACCCCAAAUUCGCCCCCGAAACGAUCCCCCAAAAAACAGCCGAAAACACACACCUAAAGACCAAUACCUGGCGCGUGAAAAGUCCAGAAGGAACCAGAACCCACGCGAUCGCAUCUGCCGCCACGUGUACGCCUGGGAUUCAUAGUCCGAGGACCCUGAUCCGCGUGCGCCGGCUCCACGCCAAUAGGAGCGCCCCACGAGCGAAUAUAAAUUGCGCGCCUUCAUGCCACGCCGCUGGGAAUCCCGCCACUUUGACAAGAUAAGCACAGCGAGAGAGAGAGAGGGUGAUCUGCCUCAUGGCGGCCGUGACUGAGGAAGCUGCACCGGCCGUCGUCGGCGAGGCGCCAGCGCCGGAGCCGGAGAAGGUGGCUGAAGUGAAGGAGGGAGAGACAAAGGUGGAGGAGGUUCAGAAGCCGCAGGAGGGCGAGCAGGGGACGAAGGCGGAUGAGGGCGAGCUGGGGAAGAAGGCGAGGAAGCCGCGCAGCAGGAAGCCCAAGUCCGCCGGGCCGCACCACCCGCCCUACUUUGAGAUGAUCAAGGAGGCGAUCCUGGCGCUGGAAGGCAACGGAAAGUCGGGGUCGAGCCCGUACGCGAUGGCCAAGUACAUAGGGGAGAAGCACCGCGACGAGCUCCCGGCCAACUACCGCAAGGUGCUGGCCGUGCAGCUGCGGAGCUUCGCCGCCAAGGGCAGGCUCGUCAAGGUCAAGGCCUCCUUCAAGCUCGCCGCGGCCGAGGAGGAGAAGGCCGCCCCCGCGGCCGUGGAGAAGGCGACGGCCAGGCGCAAGAGGACGCCGGCGCCCACCAAGAAGCCGGCUGUCGCCGCUUCGGCGCCGAAGGAGGCCAGGAAGGUGCGCGCGAAGCGGGCGAGGAAGGCGGCGCCGGCGCCGACGCAGCCGAAGCCGAAGCAGCCCAAGUCGAUCCGCACCGCCGUCUCCAAGAAGGCCAACAAGGCCAGGGCCUAACCACCGCCGCCGCCGCCGCCGCCGUGUCGGUUUGGUCUGUGUUGUGUAUAGCUAGUAGAAGUAGCACUCCAGUGGCAGUAGCGGUCGUCUCUGCCGGCUCGUUGGAGCGCUCUGCUCCGCCGGGUGAUGUAGUGGCAAUAAGCGCGCGCACUUAUAGUGACGUACUAGUGUAUAUUUGAGGAGGCUUAAUAAGAUCAUCUUGGUAGCUCA